UAACGGUAAUAAUGUAAAAAAACUCAUUUCGAAACCAGAGAGGGAAAAUUACGUUUUUUUGAAUAAUUUUUAGUUUGGUAAUACAGCCUUGCUUGGGGCCGAACAAUUUGUUUGGAAUACAGAAUCAAAAGGGAUCAAGGUCGAGGCGACGAACCCUCUCGGCCCUUUUUCUCUCUCCUUUGGGAACUGUUUCUUUUGCUUAGGGUUCGAAUUGCCAGACCUUCGAUCUUUUUUCCCCCAAACAAAAGAAGGGUCACCCGAGAAUCAGAAUUAGGGUUCGAGUUCCCACACCUUCGAAUUUUCGUCAGGAAAUGGCUCGCACUUGUUGCCAUGUAUCUCUCGCCUUCGUCCUAAAAUGCUUCAAUUUUCUUCAAGCUUUUGNNNGAAUCUCGAUCAUAGUUUACUCGGCAUGGAUGCUCGAUCGGUGGAGCCAUCGCGACGUUCCUGUGUCCCCGCCACCUCCCGUACCGGCUCUGGCUCCUUCCCCGGUUUCUUCUUUUUCGCUCUAUUUUAAUUCCGAACCAAUCCGUGUUGCCGAUCGGUUCGCGGCCAUGAAUUUAGCUGCGUUCGGUACGGAAUUUGAGCCUGAUUUGAACGCAUUUAAGCUUCCGGCCCCUUGGUUCAUCUACUCAUUCAUGGGAUUGGGCAUCUCGUUGUGUUGUAUUACUUUAGUUGGCUGUAUUGCAGCUGAAGCAAUAAGUGGCUGCUGCCUUUGUUUCUAUAAUAUGCUUAUAAUGCUGCUUAUUCUCGUUGAAGUGGCUCUGGUGGCAUUUAUUGCAAUUGAUCGCGGGUGGGAAAAGGACCUUCCGUUUGACCCAACUGGAGAAUUGGAGGGACUCAGGCAAUUCAUUGAAGACAAUGUAGAUCUAUGCAAGUGGAUCGGCAUCAUUGUGAUAUCAACCCAGGCAUUAUCUUUACUGCUGGCAAUUAUUCUGAGAUCCAUGGUUUCAACCCGUAAAACUGAGUAUGAUGCUGAAGAGGAUACCGAUGGUCGUGAUAGAACUCGGGAGCCAUUACUCAAUCCACCAGCAAAUCAAGCUUCCGGUACUCAUUUUGACCUUUGGGGUGCACGCAUGAGAGAGAAGUAUGGAUUAAACAACAGUGACAGAUACAAUUCAUCAAACCAAAGUUCAUAGAUGAAAGAGAAGAAUCCAGGCAGUCGAAACAUAAAGUCUUCCUUGCGCUGGUCGGAGGAACCCAUGGGCGUUACCGGAUUAUCUUUUUGCCACAUAGUUAGGUAACCUUGGGGAUUUAAAUUGAAGGUUGCAAGGUGAAUUGAACUGGUCAUUGGUGUCUGUAAGUUUCUGUUCCACUGUGUCGUGUGCUUUCAUUUGGGAUAUCUCAUAGGAUGGAUUGCAAUCAGCUGUGUGAAAGAAUGCAAGGUUCCGGUGUGUGAUGAGAUGUGAAUAUCAUCCAGUUGAGGAAUUUGAAUGAGUUUUUUCAUUCUAAUCUUGUAAAGUUCCUGGCCAUGUUAACUAAAUCAGUAAGGUCUAAUCUAAUGGAUUGAUUUGUUGAAUCCUC